AUGAGAUCUUGCAAUAUCAUAAUUGAUAGCAUAUUAAAAAAAAUACCAUUUUCAGGUAAAGUAUAUGAAAACAAAUUUUCUUUCUGUUUUCCUGAAAUUAAAAAUGAAACGUCUAAAAUAAAAAUUAGCAAAAAUUCUGCAUUUUCCAAACUUUUUACCGUGUCACUAUUUUUUCUUUUAUAUAAUUUGUUCCAAUGUAUAUCCAAAGCACAAGAUAAAGUAAUUAUAAUAUUGCAUUGUAAUAAUUAUUAUGCAAGGAAAUUAGCACAGCAGCAGGGGCCACUGAAUAUUAGAGGUAAAAUAAAAAAUACAAAUAAAACUCAAUCAAAAGGAGUUAAGAAGACACUCCAAAUAGAAGAAGGAGAUAACAUUUUAAUAAUAGAAGAUGGUCAUAGAGUACAAAUUAAAGAUAAAAGUGACCACUCACAGAUAACAGGUGAUAACAAAGAACUAUUUAGUAGUAGAAGUAAGGGCCCUCAAAUAAACGAAGAUAUUUUAAAAAUAACGAUGGGAAAUUGGGGUAAUAAUUCCCAGAUGAUCCAAAAUCCAGGUGUUUCACCUUUUGGAAGUUUUGGUAAUCAACUUCCCAUGAAUCAAAAUCCAGGUGUACUGCAAUUUGGAAAUUUUGGUAGUCAACUUCCUAUAGAUCAAAAUCCGGGUGUUUCUCCAUUUGGAAAUUUUGGUAAUCAAUUUCCCAUGAAUCAAAAUCCAGGUGUACCGCAAUUUGGAAAUUUUGGUAGUCAACUUCCUAUAGAUCAAAAUCCAGGUGUUUCGCCAUUUGGAAGUUUUGGUAAUCAACUUCCCAUGAAUCAAAAUCCAGGUGUACUGCAAUUUGGAAAUUUUGGUAGUCAACUUCCUAUAGAUCAAAAUCCGGGUGUUUCGCCAUUUGGAAUUUUUGAUCAAAAUCCAGGUGUUUCUCCAUUUGGAAAUUUUGGUAAUCAACUUCCCAUGAAUCAAAAUCCAGGUGUACCGCAAUUUGGAAAUUUUGGUAGUCAACUUCCUAUAGAUCAAAAUCCAGGUGUUUCGCCAUUUGGAAAUUUUGGUAAUCAAUUUCCCAUGAAUCAAAAUCCGGGUGUACCGCAAUUUGGAAAUUUUGGUAGUCAACUUCCUAUAGAUCAAAAUCCGGGUGUUUUGCCAUUUGGAAAUUUUGGUAAUCAACCUCCCAUGAAUCAAAAUCCAGGUGUACCGCAAUUUGGAAAUUUUGGUAGUCAACUUCCUAUAGAUCAAAAUCCGGGUGUUUUGCCAUUUGGAAAUUUUGG